AUGGGAAACUGGAUCGUCAUCCCAUCGGUCCUCGUACCGCUCAUCCUGCUCGGCGCGGUGGCAAGCCGCUUCCUCAAGGCAAAGGACGGCAGAUCCGGCUUCAACCAGAAGUACGAUCCGAAGACGGGCAUCGGCAGGGGCGCACCAGGCUUCCAGACGGGCGUCAAACGCCUAGCGGUCACCCCCGAGAUCGCAGCGCGGCUGCGGGCCGGCGAGAACGUCAGCCAGGAAGAGAUUGAGGCUUCGAUUGCCAAGGCCCAGGCCGCCCAGAAGUCUUCAACGUCAUCGUCUUCGGUCAAGGUCAACCCCAACGUCGACAACGACUGGCUGCCAGCCGGACACGGCCAAAGCCCUCGAGCCGCAAGCAAGAAGUCCAAGAGGGGCGGCGCGUGA